GAAAAAGCCCUAACCCUAAAUCCCCAAUACCCUUCCCCUGACCCCUGGACCUAGGCUGGAGAUCUCGAAGCCUUUCUUCCUCACCUCAUCACACCAACAAUUUUGAGUCUCUUCUUCCCCUCAUCACACCAACACUCUCUUCCUCGCAGUCCCUCUCAGUUUCGAAGACUCUCUUCCUCUGCUUCGUCUCCGUCGCAUCUCCUCCGUCGCUGCUGCGGUGCUGCCCUCCGUCGCUGCUGCGGUGCUGCCUCUCCGUCGCCAGAAUCUGUCUCAUCGAAUUCAAAACUACCGAUUCAAUUUCUCCUUUCCUUUUCUGCAUUUCCUCAUCCUUUUCACAUUCAGUUUCUUCACAUUUAGGGUUUUGAGGAAAUGGCUGCGGCUUGCAAGCGAUUGGCUCAAUUGUCGGGCUUUGGGUCCAAAAUUUUCAACUCAAGUCUCAGAUUAUUUUCCGCAAAGGGAGGGAUUGGUGAUACAACCGCUAUUACUAGGGAACUUGAGGAGCAAGGACUGCCCAAAAGGCAGGCUGAGGCAAUAACUGCCGAAGUUUUGGAAAAUUUUCAAGAAUCAUCCUGCAAGAGGGUGAGGUCUUUUGAUGCUAAAAUGAUUCUAGAGUCCAACCAGUCGAAAUUCGAAGCUGAAGUGCAGAGGUUACAGAUGGAGAUGCAACGUGAGAUUGAGAAACUAAGGAAUAAUAUGGAGGAGAGGAACAGUGAACUGAGAGAUGCGAUGGACAAAGCUAAGAUUGCUUUCAAAGCAGAGUUGAAAGCAACAAAAAAUGAUCUGGGAAUAUAUAGCCUAGGAGCAAGCUUUUUUUGUAUGUGUGCCAUUGUGUUUGCAUGUAUAGAAAUAAUCAUCGUAGUACAGUAGUUGAGGAGUAGUUGAGGAGCAGGAGGUAGAUGACAGUUUUUUUGGCCCUGUUUUUGAGGGGUUUGAGGGGCGACGGAGGAUUGAUGUAUUUUUUUAUAUGCUUUUAGUCAAAUUUGACCUUACUCGUGAACAUUCGUGGUAGUUGAACAUAGUAAACUAUUCAAACUUCAAACUCUUUUAAUUCGCUGACUAUA